AUGUCACGCCUCCUCUCCCUCUACAAAUCCCUCUCUGAUGCCGAACUCGAUAAACUCCGCGAAGAGAUCAUGAAAUCUGAGGGCGUCUCUUAUCUCAACUCUAAAGACGAAGCCUUUCUUUUUAACCUAGCCUGCGCCGAGCGCAUCGAAGAUCUCGAUCGCUGCGCCAUGGCCGUCGCUCGCCUGGGCAAAAAAUGCUCCGACCCUGCUUUGUGCAGCUUCGAAGACGUAUACUCAGAUCUGAAAUUUGGGGCCAUCAACAUCGGCAAAUUGGAUUUUUCGUCGAAGGAGAUCGAUAAGAGCAUCGAUAAGAUGGAGAAGCUCAUCUCUGCAACCUCUUCUCUCUAUUUCGAACUCCAAGCUCUGUCGGAAUUAGAAUUAGUAAAUCGGAAAUUGAAGCAAUUGAGACACAAUACGGGCAAUUCCGAGUUUUCUGAUCAGAAAUUUGCGGCUCAGAGACAUGUUGUGGAGCACUACAAAGAGGUUUCUCUUUGGAGCCAAACCUUCAACAAGGCCGUUGGUCUCAUGGCUCGAACCAUAUGUAUCAUCUACGCCCGAAUCUGUGUCGUUUUCGGACCCUACAUUUCGGUCCUCCCUCAGGUAUCGGCCGGAAACGUCCGUUCCCGUUCGGGGCAAUCACAGAACCAGUCUUCUCGAAACCGUCCCCUUUCCGACAGCAAAUCCGGGCCCCUUGGAAAACCUGCCAAACGGACUUUAAUCCGAUUCUUGAGUCGGGAGUCGAACGACUCGAUCCUGGAGGAUGCCCGAAUUGGAUUUGGUUUCGGAUUCGGUAUCGGGUUCCAGGAGAAUCACUACUAUUUAUUUGGUGUAAAUGGGAAGAAGAACAAAUUAAUACAGGUGGCGCCGCCGUCUACGCUUGGUGGUUCCGGCCUUGCGUUACGAUAUGCGAAUGUGAUACUCCUGGUGGAGAGGUACCUGAACUCGCCAUGCUCCAUCGGAGAUGAUGAGAGAGAAAGUUUUUACCAGAUGUUACCGACAAGUUUGAAGACGUCGGUGAGGUCGAAGUUGAGGAACAGGUGGAAGAGGAAUGGGGAAGGCGGCGAGUCUGGGUCAUCGGGGGACGAGUCUCUGGCGGAGGGAUGGAGAGACGCGUUGAAGGGGAUAAUGGAAUGGUUAGCACCUAUGGCGCACGAUACUGUGAGAUGGCAAGCGGAGAGGAAUUUUGAGAGGCAAAAUUUCGAAGGGAAGCCAACAGUGUUGUUGUUGCAGACAUUGCAUUUCUCGGAUAGGGAGAAGACGGAGGCAGCGAUAGCCGAGAUUUUGGUUGGGGUGAGUUGUAUAUUCAAGUAUGAGAAUCGUUGUUUCAGUUCUAGCUCCUCCGGGUCAGAUGAUGAGUUUAGGUGA